GUCUCUCUGAACUAAACUUUACAGGUUGUAAAUUCACCUGGACAAAUGGGAAGAUAUGGAGCAAAAUCAACAGGGUCUUGGUGAAUCCAUAUUGGUUGGGUCUUCAAAGAUCAGUGCAUGUGCACUUCAGCACCCCAGGUGCAUUCUCAGAUCAUUCUCCCAUAACAGUCCGCAUUGGCCCUCUACAUCAGAGAAAUCGUGCUAGCUUCAAGUUCUUUAACAUGUGGAUUGAGCAUCAAGAUUAUAAGUCUCUCCUAUUGCAGAAAUGGCAUGCAACAGCGGUACACGACUCUCCAAUGUAUGUCUUAUGCAGGCGGCUCAAGCUUCUGAAAGCACCCUUGAAGCAGCUCAACAAGUUACACUUUAGUCACAUUUCAGAGAGAGUCCGUAGAGCUGAGGUUGAUCUGGAGCAGCACCAAGCUCUUUUACAUAAUGACAAGGAUAAUGAACAUUUGUUGGCUCAAGAUAAAAAGCUUCGCUUGGACCUUCUCCUGGGUUUUUCACGAGACACACUUCCUCUAGAUGAGACUGUUGUCUGUUGUGGUCCUCGUCUUGAUGCCACCUCUCAAGCUUCUUUGUUAGCUGAUGUCUCAAAUGAUGAUAUCAAAAAGGCUCUUUUCAGCAUUGGUGAUCAUAAAUCCCCAGGGCCUAAUGGGAAAGCCUUUGACUCUGUCCAAUGGGCAUUCUUACGACAUCUCCUCCUCCUCCUUGGCUUCCCUGAUAGAUUUGUUCAUCUAGUGAUGACUUGCGUUGAAACAGCUUCAUAUUUAGUGGCAGUCAAUGGGGAGCUAUUUGGGUUUUUCCCUGGAAAAUGUGGGGUGCGGCAAGGGGAUCCCCUGUCACCAUAUCUAUUCAUCACUUGCAUGGAAUAUUUCUCUAGGAUGCUCAGCUUAGUAUCCCAGAAUCCUUCAUUCCAUUUUCAUCCAAAAUGCAAGUCGCUUGGCAUUUCUCAUCUUUCUUUCGCUGAUGAUGUUAUGCUACUAUGCAGAGGGGAUAGGUGUUCAGUUCAAAUUCUCUUCCAGCAACUGAUGCUUUUUGGACAAACAUCUGGACUGGAUAUUAAUUCUUCCAAAUCAUCAAUUUAUUUUGGUGGUGUUGCUGCUAGUCUAAAGCAAGCCAUAUUGCUAGAUACUGGUUUCUCGGAAGGCUGCUUUCCUUUCAGGUAUCUUGGUGUGCCUCUCAGCCCACACAGGCUUCUUGCAAGUCAGUUCUCACUACUCCUCCACAAGUUAGAAGCAGCUAUUCAAGGAUGGUUAUCAGACAAAUUACUUGUCUCUGUCGAAACUUUCUGUGGACAGGAGAUAUACACAGAA